CAGUGUAAUUAUCAAUAUCAAACGAUCAAAACUGAAAAAACCCUUCUAUAAAACUAAAAAAAUAGUUGAAAAGCCUGUAGUACUUACCGGUUAAACGAUUAUUUCUACUAUUAUUUAAGAUUAUUAAUCAAUUUAUAGUAUUAUUUAUUUAGAUUGAAAUAUCAUCUUCAAUUAUUAUUGAAAUAAAAAAGUUAUUGUUGACGCCCCUAACAGUACACAAUUUAUAUCAUAUAAACUGAAGAAGAUAUAAAAAUAUCUGUUAAAAUGACCGAUAGUAAGUAUUUUACUACUACUAAGAAAGGUGAAAUAUUCGAAUUGAAGUCUGAGCUUAAUAGUGACAAAAAGGAAAAAAAGAGAGAAGCUGUUAAAAAGGUCAUUGCUUCAAUGACAGUUGGAAAAGAUGUUUCUGCAUUAUUUCCUGAUGUUGUUAACUGUAUGCAAACUGAUAAUUUGGAAUUGAAAAAACUGGUUUACUUAUAUUUGAUGAAUUAUGCUAAAAGUAAUCCUGAUAUGGCAAUUAUGGCUGUUAAUACUUUUGUAAAAGAUUGUGAAGAUCCCAAUCCAUUAAUACGUGCUUUAGCUGUGCGUACAAUGGGAUGCAUCAGAGUUGAUAAAAUUACAGAAUAUCUUUGUGAACCAUUACGCAAGUGUUUACGGGAUGAAGACCCAUAUGUGAGGAAAACAGCUGCAGUCUGUGUUGCCAAGUUAUAUGACAUUAAUGCACAGUUAGUUGAUGAUCAAGGAUUUUUGGAACAAUUAAAAGAAUUACUUUCUGAUUCUAACCCAAUGGUUGUUGCAAAUGCUGUAGCUGCAUUAUCUGAAAUGAAUGAAGCAAGUAUAACUGGUUCACCACUAAUUGAAAUGAAUUCACAAACUAUAAAUAAGCUUUUAACUGCUUUAAAUGAAUGUACAGAAUGGGGUCAAGUAUUCAUACUGGAUUCUUUAGCAAAUUACAGCCCCAAAGAUGAUCGUGAGGCACAAAGUAUUUGUGAAAGAAUUACACCACGUUUAGCUCAUGCUAAUGCAGCAGUUGUAUUGUCUGCCAUUAAAGUACUGAUGAAACUCAUGGAAAUGUUGCCAACAGAUUCCGAUUUUGUGACAACUUUGACGAAAAAACUGGCUCCACCGCUUGUGACAUUACUUUCUACAGAACCAGAGGUCCAAUAUGUAGCCUUGAGAAAUAUUAAUCUUAUUGUACAAAAACGUCCUGAUAUAUUAAAGCAUGAGAUGAAAGUAUUUUUUGUGAAAUAUAAUGAUCCUAUUUAUGUUAAAUUAGAAAAAUUAGACAUAAUGAUUCGCCUUGCUUCGCAAGCAAAUAUUGCCCAAGUCUUAUCAGAACUUAAAGAAUAUGCCACUGAAGUAGAUGUUGAUUUUGUACGUAAAGCUGUACGUGCUAUUGGAAGAUGUGCAAUUAAAGUUGAACAAUCUGCUGAGAGAUGUGUUUCUACUCUUCUUGAUUUAAUUCAAACCAAAGUAAAUUAUGUUGUUCAAGAAGCCAUUGUUGUUAUAAAAGAUAUUUUCCGCAAGUAUCCUAAUAAGUAUGAAAGUAUAAUAUCAUUAUUGUGUGAAAAUCUGGAUACACUGGAUGAACCUGAAGCAAGAGCAUCUAUGAUUUGGAUAAUUGGUGAAUAUGCUGAACGAAUUGACAAUGCUGAUGAGUUGUUAGAAAGUUUUCUGGAAGGCUUCCAUGAUGAAAAUACUCAAGUGCAGUUGCAGUUAUUGACUGCUAUUGUAAAAUUAUUUUUAAAACGUCCCACAGACACACAAGAACUAGUUCAGCAGGUUUUAAGUUUAGCUACCCAGGACUCAGAUAAUCCAGAUUUACGUGAUAGAGGUUUUAUCUACUGGAGAUUAUUGUCUACUGAUCCAGGAGCCGCUAAAGAUGUUGUUCUUGCAGAAAAACCUCUAAUUUCUGAAGAAACUGAUCUUCUAGAACCUACUUUAUUAGAUGAACUUGUAUGUCAUAUAUCUAGUUUAGCUAGUGUUUACCAUAAACCUCCAAGUGCUUUUGUUGAAGGUAGACCUGGAUUACGCAAAUCUCUUCCUGCCAGAACUGAUAAUAUUACUUCAAGUAAUAUUCCUCAAGCUGCAGUUAUACCAGCCCCUCAAGAAUCAUUAAUAGGAGAUCUUCUUAGUAUGGAUUUGACAACACCAUCAGUAAUUCCAGCAUCAACUCAACCAUCUGUUGAUCUUCUUGCUUCUGGACUAGAUUCUCUGUUAACUACUACAGAUGUUCCUGCAACCUCUACAUCAAACACAGGUUUACUUGGGGAUAUUUUUGGAUUUACUCCUACUCCAGUUUCCUACUCUCCUCCUAAGCAACUUUGGCUACCAAGUGAAAAUGGGAAGGGUUUAGAGAUCAUGGGAACAUUUUCCAGAAAAAAUGGUCAAAUUAAUAUGGAUAUGACACUUAAAAACAAAGCAAUGCAACCAAUGUCUGGGUUUGCUAUUCAAUUGAACAAAAACUCUUUUGGCUUGACCCCUGCUCGUCCACUACAAGUAGUGAAUCCUCUAAUGCCAACUGCAUCUUAUGAAGCUUGUUUACCUCUUGCAACAACUGGAAUGGUUCAAAGAAUGGAGCCAAUUACUAACCUUCAAGUUGCAAUAAAGAACAAUAUUGAUGUAAUGUAUUAUGCAUGUAUUGUUCCUAUGAGUAUAUUUUUUGUCGAAGAUGGUCAAAUGGACAAAAGAGUAUUUUUAACUACGUGGAAAGAUAUUCCUGCUGAGAAUGAAGUUCAAUUUACUUUAAAAAAUGUACUUUGCAAUACAGAGGCUAUUGUGAUGAAAAUGUCUCAAAACAAUGUUUUUACAAUUGCUAAAAGAAAUGUUGAAGGACAAGAUAUGUUGUAUCAAUCAUUGAAAUUAACAAAUGGUCAUUGGGUAUUAAAUGAAUUGAAAAUUCAGCCAGGAAAUCCAAAUAUUACGUUAUCAUUAAAAUCUCAAACAUUAGAGGUGGCACAAGGUGUAUUUCAAGCAUAUGAUGCUAUUCUUCAUUCAUAGAACUCUAAAUCCUUUACACAAUGGAAGCUUACAAAAAUAAAUGAACUUUAAAAUAGAAUAAACAUACAAAAUAAGUGAAAAUUGUAUUAAUAUUAUUGAUAUUUAUGAUAAUUAAAUAUUACCGGUUAAAUAAUAAUCUUUAAUUCAUUUAUAGGUAAUAUAAAUUUACUAAUUUAGUUUUCAUUGAUAUAAAUAUAGUAUUUACUAUUUGUAAUACUUAAUUUUUUUUGUUAAAAUUUAUACUUAAAAAUGUAUUAUUAUUAUUAUUACAUAUUAAAUAUUAUUAUAC